CGAGGCCAGGCCACGUAGCCUAUAAAUUUCUACUUGCACGCUUGUAAAACUGGAAGCUUUGUGAGAAAGAUUUUAUACAAAUAUUCAGCUCAUCCCAAUGAUCUUUUAACGACAAAAAGGGAAAUAUCGUAAGUCUUGACUAUCCCUGCCUUGUCAUGGCAGAUAAUGUAGACGAGGCUUUCGAGUCGGGCAACGAGGACAUGGAUAGACCGCCGACACCAGACUUCCACCUCGAAGGAGAAAAGGAGGAUGAAGCGUCCGAAACAUCGCCACGCGGCUCGGAAAACAGCGUGGAAUCAAGGAGUGUAAGCCCAAAGAACGAAGAAGAAGAUGGUGCUAGAGCCGAGCAUCGGUCUACAGGCGAGAAAACACUGCCUACUGCCGAGAACAAGCAAGAUAUGGAAGAUGCAAGUGAUGACAACAAAAGCGAAAAUGUCGCUUCCCCAGAGUGUUCCAACGAAGAAGAGAAAGAACCGGAAGAGAUAAAAAAUAAAUCAGAAAUGGGGGACUCAGAUAAAGAGGAGUCUGUGAACGAAGAAAAAAGCGAAAAGGACGUUGAAUCUUCUAUGACACCGGAAUCACCGCAAACACGGACACCGGAUAAUAUGACCCCAGAAACUCCUGAGUCAGACAGUAAAAAGAAUGAUGAGGAUGAUGUGUUUGGGGAUGAAUCUAAUGAGGGGAUAAAGUCUGGUGAUGAAGAGACUGAAGAAGUUACUAGAGAUAAGACAGAUAACGAUGAUAAAAUGGAAGAAGAUGAGGAAGAACUCGAGAUACCUUUAUCUCCUAUUGGUGAUCUGGGGUUAUCGGGUAGUGAGACUGCUAUUGUCAAUGACAUACUCAAAAGUGAUGUCACUGAUAUGCUGCCACCUCAUCCUGUGGAAGAACGUGAUGAAAAAGUAAAUGAGGAAGGAGGUGAUAAUGAUGUUGUUGAGGGGGAUGAGGGUAAAGAAGCACCUAGUGACAAGGAGGAGGAAAAAGUUGCGAAAAGGAAAAGACCAGUGAUCAGUGAUGAUGAAGACGAGGAUGAUGAUGAAGACGCCGGGCCGUCCCAGCCCUUGCAAGAUAAAGAUCAAGAUGAGGGGUCUGAGCAGGAAGAGGUGGGGGAUCAGCUUAUCGCUGAUAUCUUUGGUGCAAGCGAUGAGGAAGAGGAAUUUGAGGGUUUUGACCAAGAGGACAUUGAAGUUACAAAGAAGAAGAAAGGAGUUCUCAGUGAACAGCCCAAGGACAAGGGUGAGGCGGAGGGAACGACUGGUGAAACAGACACCACGGAAGCCAUGAAAGUACCCCAGCCACCCAAGGAGGAAAGCAGUGACUCUGAGGAUGGGGGACAGGGGCCCCCUGUCUGGGAUUUUGAUGUGAUUAUGGCUCAGAAAAAGAAAAACAGAACCAAGAGAAGAAGAAGAGGGGAUGGUGAUAUCAUCAGUGACAAUGACGACCUGGUUGUUGAGAUGAUCAAGCAGAUGAAACAAGCGGCGGAUGAUGACAAGCUGUUGAAUGAGGCAAACCAGGCAGCAACCAAGAAGCUCAAGCUGUUACCAGUCAUCCUAAAACACAUGAACAAGGCAGAUCUCCAGUACACGUUCAUUGACUCUGGGGUGUUAAACGUGCUGAAAGAAUGGCUGUCACCGCUGCCUGAUGGCUCCAUGCCACACCUGCAGAUCAGAACAGGGAUACUCAAGAUACUCUCCACGUUUCCAGCGCUUGAUACAGGGGCGUUAAAGAUGAGUGGCUUAGGGAGAGCAGUCAUGUACCUCUACCGACACCCUAAAGAGACGAGACAAAACAAGCAGGUCGCUGGAAAGCUUAUAAAUGAUUGGGCAAGGCCGAUAUUCGGUGUGACGUCAAACUUCAAGUCUCUGAGCCGCGAGGAGCGUGAGGAGCGAGAUUAUCAGAACAUGUCCAAGAGGCGUAGACUCAGCUCAGCUGAUGGGGAAGGAGGAAAAACCCCACGAUCAAUCGACAGUGCACUUCAAGGGGAGAAAAAAGCUCUUCGUCCGGGUGACAAGGGAUUCGUGAUGCGUGCGCGUGUACCGUUACCGUCAAACAAGGAUUAUGUUGUGCGACCCAAGACGAACGCUGAAGGAAGUGACUUUGUCCGAUCCACCAAGAAGACCGUUACCAAAGCGGACAAGCUCACUCGGAAAUUAAAGGAUAAAAAAAGGGCCAACAAAAUGCAGAGGGCUGUCAACAUCAGCAUAGAGGGUAGAAAGAUGAACCUGUAGUCAAGGUAACCGCUGACAGUUGCUAUAGUAGCGGUACGACGUCACAGCCGAUCUUAAGUGCUGUCUGCCGCUCCUUAAUAAAAAAACAUGUAAGGAGGAUACAGCCCUAGGUAUGGAGACACUGUUCAGUUGUCACAGAGGAACCCGACACCUUCCCAGGUGUCUGUUGUAGCCAGACAACUCGACAUAGGGCGGGACAGUUACCCGACACAGGGUGCCCAUGUGUUUAUAGUAGCCAUACAACACGUCAAAUGGCGGGAAAGCUGCCCGUCACAGGGUACCCAUAUGGCUACAGAAGGCGAUCAAGCAUACAGAGAAGUCACUAAAGGACAGGAAAGCUGCCCGACACAGGAUGCUCAUGUGUCAAUAGUAGCCAUAUAACUCGUCAAAUGGUGGGAUAGCUGCCCGACACAGGGUGCCCAUGUGUCAAUAGUAGCUAUAUAACUCGUCAAAUGGUGGGAUAGCUGCCUGACACAGGGUGCCCAUAUAUCAAUAGUAGCCAUAUAACUCGUCAAGUGGUGGGAUAGCUGCCCGACACAGGAUACCCGUAGGUACCAUAGUAGGCAGACAAUUUGGUUAGAUCGCGCGAAACACUUCAAACAAUAUUUUUAUAAAAUACCCUGGUAAAGCCAUUUUGUCGUUAUUUUAAUCGAGCCUGAUGCUACCUAGUUCCUUUUAUACCCUAAUAAAUAUAUACCUCACAUCUCGAUCGUAAGAUUUAUUUCUCGUUGGUUCCGCGGAAAUGUGAAAAUGUAAAUAAGAGUAAAUGUUGUGAUACACAGACACUAAAGUGAAUAAAACGUUGAAAACUCUUA